AUGUCCCAAAGGGGGUCUAACAAAUCCUUCUUCCCCAGCCCUAUCGCCGCGUUGAGAAGGUCCAGACCUCCCCCAAAGCCGACAAGCAAGGAUGAGGCAUUCAGUUGGGCCGCAGGGCAAGCAGCUCCUCCAACACCCUCAUCACUCACAACUCUUCUAGAGACGCCAGAGCCUGAACAAGCAUCGACAAACCUUCAAGUACCCGCCCCGCCGCCCCGAGCCAUUAGGGAGUUUGGCGAAUUUGGCCGUCAAGACACAGAGGUUUCCAUGGAAUCUCUGCCACCGCAAAUGAACACUGGGACAGGCGGGGCGGAGACACCUGCAUAUGUCCAAGCAUUCCUCGAUGGUGGAAAGCCACCGCCGCCGCCGAGAGUCAUCCCGGAAGAAGGUAUUGUGGUACCGUUUGGUAAACUGCCGCCGCCGCCCUCAUUGUCGAGUCGUGGAAAUGUUCAGCCACGACCAACGCCACAGGAUAUGAAGCCACUGUCAAUGCGGCCUGCCGGAACUCCCAGCAAUCGUUCGCAGUGGCCCGGAACUCCCGGCAAGCGCUCGGAGGCCGCGCCACUGCGAACGCCACCCAGUGGAACUCCCCGCCCGGACCGCCCAACCAGGCCAGUGCCACCGACACCCAGUGAAACUCCCCGCCCGGACCGCCCAACCGCGCCACUGCGAACGCCACCCAGUGGAACUCCCCGCCCGGACCGCCCAACCAGGCCACUGCCACCGACGCCGCCGGAACCGCAACCGCAAGCUGGACCUUCCCAGCCGCGAGCGGAACCAUCUCAGUAG